AUGAAAGCCGCAUUAGACUACUAUUUCAAAGAUCAAGGCCACAAGUUCAGCAUGGAACACGCCUGGAGGGAGCUGAGGCGUGACCAGAAAUGGUGCUCAGCAUGUAAAGACGGUGGGAAGGAUAAGCGCAAACAUGUCUUGGAGGUUGAUAUAGACGAGGAAGAGGGCAGACCGGUCGGGGUCAAGGCAGCGAAAGCAACUUCUAAGAAGAAUAAGAGUGGGAAAGAAGAGAAGUUGUCUCGUUUACAAGCCAUCAUGGAGAUUAAACAGAAACUCUCUAACCAGAAACUUCUCGAUCGUUUAUUAGCCAAAAAAGUGCCAUUAACUGAGAUGGAAACAUCACUUAAGCUCAAGCUUAUGUCUGACAUGUUAUGA